AUGAAAAACAAAAACCCAUUUUCCACACCAUCGGCUCAGUUUACAGAGUACAUACAGAAGAAUGUGGCUUUGUACCAAUUUCGUAAUGGCAUCCCUUUGACAACAGCUGCUACCGCAAACUUUACUCGAGGCGAGCUCGCCACGGCUUUGCGGAAGAAUCCAUAUAUGGUGAAUAUCAUUCUAGCUGGCUACGACAAGGAGACGGGCCCUUCCCUCUACUUUGUAGACUAUAUCGCUUCCCUGCACAAGCUUGAUAAGGCUGCAUUUGGUUAUGGUUCAUAUUUCGCCCUCUCCAUGAUGGAUAGGCACUACCAUAGAGACAUGACAGUGGAAGAAGCUGUUAAUUUAGUCGAUAAGGUCAUAAUGGAAAUACGAUCAAGGCUGGUUGUCGCCCCACCCAACUUUGUAAUAAAAAUUGUUGACAAGGACGGGGCGCGGGAAUAUGCUUGGCGUGAAUCUAUUAAGGAUGCUCCAGUUGUUGCAUCUUGA